AUGUCUGAUCCAAGCGCCGAGCUCCAAUCGACACUCCGCGACCUGGCCAUUGGCAAGAAAGGACCAGUACAAGAUAUCCCCCGACCAAUCCCCAGCAAACCCUCAACAACCAAAUCCGCCCCGAAACCCAAAAAGCAGCCCGUCGCAGACUCCUGGGAAGACGAAGCCAGCGACGACGAGGAGCCAGCCUCCACGUCAAACCUGACAUCUCCGUCCGUCCUCUCGCCCGCAAUCAGUGCAGAGGGACCGCUUGAUCCCCCACCAACGCCUAUCUCGCCGCAGACCUCGUACCCAUGGGCUGGUGCAGGCUCUGCAUCCCCCGCCGCGGGGCAGAAUAAUCUGGGCCGGAGGCCUGAGAAGCAGACUGCCGUGGCGGGGCGAUUGAUUGCGGGUGCGUUGGGGAUUCGGGCGCCGAAGCGGACGGAGGAGCAGAGGGCUUACGAUCGGUCUGUGAAGGAGCAGGAGAUUCGGCGGCGGAAUCGGGAGCGGGAGGAGUUGGCCAAGGCGAAGGAGGAAGAGGAGCGGGUUAAGGCUUCGGUUUGGACUGAUUAG